AAUCAUUAUUCACAGAAUGCCGAUGUUGGGUUGAAACCUGUGUGGUAUGGCUCCAGAGUCCUGAUCGAGGGUGCAGAUGCAGAGACCCUGACAGAGGGAGAGGUGGUUACAUUCAUAAAUUGGGGCAAUAUUAUCAUCACUAAAUUAAACAGAAAUUCAAGUGGAAAAAUUGUGUCCAUUGAUGCCAAGUUGAACUUAGAGAAUAAAGACUUCAAAAAAACGACUAAGAUCACUUGGUUAGCAGAAACUCCACGUGCACCACUCAUCCCAACUGUCUGUGUUAAUUACGAGCAUCUGAUCACUAAGCCAGUUCUAGGUAAAGAUGAAGACUUCAAGCAAUAUAUCAACCGAAAUAGCAAGCAAGAAGAACUGAUGUUAGGUGAUCCUUGCCUUAGGGACUUAAAAAAGGGGGACAUCAUACAACUUCAGAGGAGAGGAUUCUUUAUUUGUGAUCAACCCUAUGAGCCAGUGAGUCCUUACAGCUGCAAAGAUGCCCCAUGCAUUUUGAUUUACAUCCCUGAUGGACACACUAAGGAAAUGCCAACAUCUGGAUCAAAAGAGAAGACCAAAGCUGAAACUGCAAAGAAAGAGGCUAGUUCAGCUGAAAAAGGAAAAUCUGCUCCACUUGUUGAUAACUCUACUCCAACCUGUACUGUAUCUGAAGGUCAUCUGGUCAUUUACAAUAGGGUGUCUGCACAGGGUGAUAUAGUUCGUGACUUGAAAGCUAAGAAGGCAGCAAAGGAAGAUAUUGAUAAAGCUGUGAAACAGUUGCUGGCCUUGAAAGCAGAAUACAAAGAGAAGACGGGCCAGGAGUAUAAGCCUGGAAAUCCUCCAGUAUCUGUAACUGAACAGUCUUCAAAGCCUGAGACCUCUGGUACCUUGGACAGUAAAGCGCUGUAUGAUAAAGUAGCAGAGCAAGGAGAAGUGGUCCGAAAACUGAAAGCUGAGAAAGCAGCUAAGGAUGAGAUAGGUGCUGCUGUGGAGGUCCUUUUAUCCCUAAAGGCAGAAUAUAAACAACAGACAGGCCAGGAGUACAAACCCGGAUGCCCACCUGUGGUCUUUGUCCCUCCUCAGUCUUCUCCUGUUUCUACUCUUCCAUCCCCAUGUCCAGUAGACAGCAAAUCUCUAUACAGCAAAGUAGCUGAACAAGGCGAAGUGGUCCGCAAACUUAAAUCGGAGAAAGCUUCAAAGGAACAAAUAGAUGAGGCUGUGAAAAUUCUUUUAAGUCUGAAAGCAGAAUAUAAACAAAAGACAGGUCAAGAGUACAAGCCUGGAAAUCCACCUUCAGUUCCUCCUUGUAUACCUUCUACACUUCCAUCUUCUGUAUGCUGCAGUAACUUGGCACCCUGUAGCUUAGUGGAUGGCAAAGCACUUUAUGAUAAUGUAGCUGAACAAGGGGAAGUGGUACGCAGACUCAAAGCAGAGAAAGCUUCCAAGGAUGAAAUAGAUGAAGCAGUAAAACUCCUUCUUUCUCUAAAAGCUGACUACAAGGAAAAGACUGGGCAGGACUACAAGCCAGGACAUCCACCAGUAGCUCAAGGUGCUUUGCCCCAAGCAUCAGACACAGUACCCAGUGGUCCAGACACACCUGAAGCUAAAGCGCUCUUUAGCAAAGUAGCUCUUCAAGGAGAUGAAGUUAGGAAAUUGAAAUCAGAAAAAGCAGAAAAGGAAAAGAUAGAUGCAGCUGUUAAGGAACUUCUUCAGUUGAAGGCCCAGUAUAAGUCUGUUGCAGGAGUUGACUAUAAACCAGUUUCUGCUAGUUGCGCUGAUGACAAAGACAAGAAGAAGAAAGAGAAAGAGAACAAGUCUGAAAAGCAGAGUAAGCAACAGAAGCAAAAUGAUGGCCCAAAAAAAGAACCUUUGCAAGGACAGAGUGGUAAUGAACUUUCCUCAAACGGACCAGGAGAGGGUCAAGGCCCUAAAAAGCAAACCAGGCUGGGUCUAGAAGCUAAAAAAGAAGAAAAUCUUGCAGACUGGUUCUCUCAGGUGAUCACAAAAUCAGAGAUGAUUGAAUACUAUGAUGUGAGUGGCUGUUAUGUUCUUCGUCCUUGGGCUUAUGCUAUUUGGGAAGCUAUCAAGAACUUCUUCGAUGCAGAGAUCAAGAAACUUGGAGUGGAAAACUGUUACUUCCCCAUGUUUGUGUCCCAGGCUGCCCUAGAGAAAGAGAAGACUCAUAUUGCUGACUUUGCUCCUGAGGUUGCUUGGGUCACAAGAUCCGGGAAAACAGAUCUGGCUGAACCAAUUGCUGUACGUCCCACAAGUGAAACAGUCAUGUAUCCUGCCUAUGCAAAGUGGGUGCAGUCACACAGGGAUCUCCCUAUCAAGCUUAAUCAGUGGUGCAAUGUUGUGCGUUGGGAGUUCAAACAUCCCCAACCUUUCCUCCGCACUCGUGAGUUCCUUUGGCAAGAGGGUCACACAGCAUUUGCAACGUAUGAAGAAGCAGCAGAGGAGGUGAUGCAGAUACUUGAUCUGUAUGCUCAAGUGUACGAAGAUCUCCUAGCAAUACCUGUUGUGAAAGGAAGGAAGACAGAGAAGGAGAAAUUUGCUGGGGGUGAUUAUACAACCACUGUAGAGGCAUUUAUAUCUGCCAGUGGAAGAGCUAUCCAGGGAGCAACAUCACAUCAUCUAGGGCAGAAUUUCUCAAAGAUGUUUGAAAUUGUAUUUGAAGAUCCCAAGAAACCAGGAGAAAAACAGUUUGCUUAUCAGAAUUCCUGGGGCAUUACAACUCGAACUAUUGGUGUAAUGACAAUGAUUCAUGGAGAUAACAUGGGAUUGGUGCUCCCACCUCGAGUAGCCUGUGUUCAGGUUGUAAUUAUACCCUGUGGUAUUACAAAUUCCCUUUCUGAAGAGGACAAAGAGGCUUUAUUGAACAAAUGUAACGAAUAUCGCAAUAGGCUGCUUAGUGUUAAUAUCCGUGUACGGGCUGAUUUAAGAGACAACUAUUCACCUGGUUGGAAGUUCAACCACUGGGAACUUAAGGGUGUUCCAGUCAGGGUUGAAGUGGGACCACGAGACAUGAAGAGCCAGCAGUUUGUAGCUGUUAGAAGAGACACAGGACAGAAGCUGACCUUUUCUGAACAUGAAGCAGAAGACAGACUGAGGCAGAUUUUGGAGGAGAUUCAUGCUAACCUUUACAACAGAGCUUCUGAGGACCUAAAAAGUCAUAUGGUGGUGGCCAAUACUAUGGAGGACUUUCAAAAAGAGCUUGAUUCAGGAAAGAUUGUACAGAUCCCUUUUUGUGGGGAAAUUGAGUGUGAGGAUUGGAUCAAGAAGACCACUGCCAGGGAUCAAGAUCUUGAGCCUGGCGCCCCUUCCAUGGGAGCAAAAAGCCUCUGCAUACCUUUUCAGCCUCUCUGUGAACUACAGUGUGGGGCAAGAUGUGUGUGCGGCAAAAACCCUGCAAAGUUUUACACCCUAUUUGGUCGUAGCUACUAAAUUACUAGUGAAAGCACCUUCUCCUUUAUCUGUGAAUUGAACUUUUUUUAAUAAGACUGAAAAAGCCCCCAAACUUAAUUAGUUUCGCGACUUUUUAAAUGAUUCAAAAAAACAAAGCCAUAAACCAUACCCCCCCCAAUUGUCAGUCUUAGGCUAGCAGUAAUUCACAGACUUUUCUGUAAACAUCUCUAAUAAUAAACAUGUAUUGUGAGCUGUAA